GAAUCUCCUCAUACAAUAAUACAAUGUUCUCCCAUUUGCUGGCCGUGGCAUGCCUGGUCCCCGGCCUUUUAGCCGGGGUCAUCUCUUCCUCCUCUUCCUCUUCCUCCCCCCGAGUGACAGUCAAGAAUGGCACGUACGUCGGCUUCAACGAUCCAGUCCUACACACAGAUAACUUCUAUGGCGUUGCGUAUGCGCAGCCGCCCAUAGGAGACCUGCGAUUCCGUCAUCCUCAGUCGCUCAACUCGAGCUGGUCUGGCGAUCGGGUGGUGGUGGACUAUCCGAAGGAGUGUAUUGCUUCAAAUUACAAUGCAAAUAUGUCCGAAGACUGCCUGUACAUGGGCAUCAUCCGCCCAUCCAACGUCACCGCCAAGAAUCUUCCUGUGAUGGUCUACCUCGAUCAAGGAGGCUUCGAUAACGGCGGCGUGGGCUUCUUCCCGGCCUUCAACCAGACGUGGAUCGUGCAGCGCUCGGCCGACAUCGGAUACCCGAUUCUCGGCGUGUCUGUCAACUCCCGCCUGGGUCCCUGGGGAUUCAUGUACAGCCAGGAGAUCCAAGACCAGCUGGAGACCAACCUGGGGCUGCGCGACAUGCGCAAAGCGCUGGAAUGGAUCCAGGAGAACAUCGCCGCGUUCGGGGGCGACCCUUCACGCGUGACGAUCCAAGGGCAGAGCACCGGGGCGCAGUCUGUCGGUCUUCAGAUCCUGGCGUACGGAGGCGACAAUGCGAAUCUCUUCCAGGGGGCCAUCUCCGAGAGCGGCGCGCCCGUCUGGUACGCGCCGACGGCCGACGUCGCGCUGUGGCAGCCGACAUACGACGGCAUCGUCGACGCCGCGGGAUGCAGCGGCGCAGCGAACAACCUGCAGUGUCUACGUGAAGUGUCGAACACGACGUUGAUCAGCAUCUUUGCGAACAGCACGCUCGAUCCGUUCGGCAGCAAUGCUCCGCGCGAGUUCAUGAUGGCCGUCGACGGCGACUUCAUCCCCGCCCCGAACAGCGAGCUCCUCCAGUCCGGUCGGUUCGCGCGCGUCCCGUACCUGAUCGGCACCAACUUCGACGAGGGCACCACCGUGGGCCCGCACGGCGUCAACAACGGCAGCGAUCUCAACGCCUACCUCGUCGACGAGAUGAUGGUCAUCGACGACGCCAGCCUCAACACCAUCGGAUACCUGUACCCGGACAUCCCCGAGAUCGGCAUCCCAACCACCUACCACGGGCGUCCGCCCAGCAGCGUCGGAACGCAGUAUAAACGGUCGUGCGCGGUGGCCACGGACAUCAUCAUGGACGCCCCCACGCGCCUCACCACCCUCUCCAUGGCCUCCUUCAACUCGACCGUCUGGCGCUACCACUUCAACGUCGUCCCGAACGGAUAUUCCGAUCUCCAGGGCGCCACCCACGCCGCAGAGGUGCCGCUCACCUUCUACGACCAGUCGGGCACCGCGUACGACGACAAUCCCCUGGGCGGAACCAACGGGCCCAAACUCCUGGAAAUGGCCAAGAUCAUGAGCGCCAUGUGGAUCGGGUUCGUGUAUAGUGGUGAUCCGAACUAUCUGGUUGACAAGAUUGGCGCGACGGUGCCCGUACCGGAGUGGCCGAAAUACCAGCUCCCGGCGCCGAGGAACUAUGUCUUUACCAUCAACCAGACGCUGUAUACGGAGCCGGACACUUUUCGCGCAGAGGGGAUUAACUGGCUUAUGGAUAUGAUGGUUGCCUCCAAGAACAGGAACUGCACCAGUAUUGUCGCUUGUGGGGGGGAGGCCGAUGCCAUCAAUGGUGAGACGGGGGGGGUUUAUGGUUUCUAGUAUAUACAG